GCCGCCAUGUUACGUCAUUAUCUGUUUUCGUGUUCACACGCUAGCUACACUGAAAAUCGCAUCACAAGCUUCAAAAAAGCCUUACCCUGGUUGCCGCAGUCUUAUCAGGGAAGCUCUAUUAAGAAGAUGCGUGCCUCCUUCUUCGUUAGAUAUAAUGAUUGAUUCCUUAUCUCCUAAUACUUUAAAACAAUAUGAUUGUUAUCUUAAAGAAUGGUAUAAGUUUUGUGAAAAUCAAAAUGUUGAUUACUUAGAUGCUUCAAUUCCUAAUAUACUUUUCUUUUUUACAAAAUUGUACAACUCUGGUUACAAUUAUGGUAGCUUAAACUGUUGUAAAUCAGCAUUAUCUACUAUUUUAGGUAAAAAUAUCUCAUCAGACGAUCGAAUUGCAAGAUUUAUGAAAGGUGUAUUUAGGUGUCGUCCACCUAAACCAAAAUAUCAGUUUACUUGGGAUAUAGAUAUUGUUUUAGAUUAUUUAGCACAUAUGUAUCCUAAUGAUGAUUUGUCUCUUGAAUUACUAUCUAAAAAAUUGGUUACAUUGUUGGCACUUAUUACUGCACAAAGGGCUCAGACAUUAUCAAAAAUACAAGUAAAUAAUAUUUUAUAUAAUUCUAAUUGUAUAACUAUAAAAAUUUCUGAAGCCACUAAAACUUCUAGACCAAAUUCUUAUAAUCCAUUGUUAAAAUUACCAUAUUUUAAUGAGAAACCUGCAAUUUGUCCGGCUCGUGCUUUAUGUUGUUAUAAAAAUAAGACUGAAUCAAUUAGAAAGACUGAUUGUAAUUAUUUUUUCAUUAGUUAUAGAAAACCUCACUCAAGAGUGACUAAUCAAACCCUGAGUCACUGGAUAAAAGACAUGCUCCACCGGAGCGGUAUCGAUACCACUAUCUUCGGCUCACAUAGCACUCGCCAUGCAUCUACUUCUAAAGCGAAAUUAGCUGGAGUAAGUUUGGAUGUGAUUCGCAGAACUGCUGGGUGGAGCGUGUCUUCGUCAGUAUUUGCGAGGUUUUACAAUAAGGAUAUUGUUGCUUAUCAAGAUAGUUUUGCUCAUUCAAUACUCGAUUCUUAAUAGCAAAUUUAAGUUAUAUAAUUUGGAAUGUAUAUUGACAGUAUAUUGUGUAUGAUAUACUUUUCAAAAUAUAUGUGUGUUUCUAAAUGCAUCUUUAUCUUUAUAUCA